UAAUCAGAAUCUUUGUUCAGAGUCAUCUGAUCUAGCAAAAAUUGACACAGCAUAGCUAAUAAUCCACCACAAUUCAGAAACUACACUGGAUUUUAAAAGGCAGCUUUAUUUUCCUGCCUUCCAUGUGAGGCAGAUUAAAUAAUCAAAAAGACGGGGCUAUCAGGUCAUGAUUUGUAUGUUACAGCUGUCCAGUUAGAGUUGACAGACACUCUUUGCAUGGCCUGCUGACAGAUUAAAAGAGGCAGGGUAAGACUCUGAGAGUCAGAAAUGAACACUGAGGGAAAAAAAGAAAAAAAACAAAGGCUGAUGGAUUAACUCUCUAAAAAUUGUAGCAUUUCUACUCAAGCCACAGAUAUAAUCUUAAAACAAAAAACUAAAAACAACACCACAACAAAACAAACAGAAGAAAUUGGAUGAGCAUGUUACAGAUUUGAAGGAGGAGCCAGAAUAAAGUGUACAUUUACUGUUCUACCUCAGAAAACUGGACUGAUUCUUCUUCAAGGUAGGAAACAAGCAAAGCAGAAUGACAGGUAACUGGCUUCUGGUGCUGAGCAUUGUCUUCACAGUACACAUGGCUCAUGGGUGUCCACAAAAAUGCCUGUGCCAUAUGGCUUCAAAGACUGCAGACUGCAAGAAUAGAGGUUUUACUGAAAUUCCUGCCCACUUACCACCUGAAACUCAGAUACUGCUGUUGCAGAAUAACCGCAUUUGGAGAAUCAACCAAAAUGCAUUCACUAGAACACCACUGCUGAAAAUCUUAGACUUGUCUAAUAAUUCUCUCUCAAGUUUUGCACCAGGUGCUUUACAAAAAUUACGGUACCUACAAGUUCUAAACCUAACUAGAAAUUUGAUUCAUUAUAUAGAAAACAAGACCUUCAGUUUCCUACCACACCUCAAAGAACUGGACCUGUCAUCCAACAGCAUUGUACGUUUGCCUGAGACUUUCGGAAACAGCACAGGGAAUAUUACAUUACUGUCAGUGAAGCAUAACAAGCUUCAGAAAAUGGAAAGAGUUCUGCUGGAGUCACUUCCAAACCUUAAAGUUGUUCUUUUCAAGGAUAAUCCCUGGCUAUGUAAUUGCAAUGUCUUUGGCUUGAAACUGUGGUUGGAGAGUUUUUUAUACAGAGGAGGAAUAAGUGAUGGCAUCAUCUGUGCAACACCAGGGAUUCGGAAGGGCAAGGACCUCCUCAAAGUUCCUUAUGAACUGUUUGGGGCAUGCCCACUUACGACAGCUCACACUCAUCUGGCCACCACUCAUCACCACAGCUUUGAGCACAGGAGUUCUCUGAAGCACUCUCACCACAACGAACAUGGGGAAAACAGCAGGCUAAGUUGUGAACCCAAACCAAAGCCGAGGCCUGUUAAUUUGCGUCAUGCAAUUGCCACUGUAGUAAUAACUGGAGUUGUCUGUGGAAUUGUGUGUCUAAUGAUGUUGGCAGCUGCUGUUUAUGGUUGUGCCUAUGCUGCAAUUACUGCUAAAUACCACAAAGAACAUUUGGCCCCUGCAAGACAGCAUGGGACUCCUGAGGAAAAAGAGCCAUUUGAUAGCUCCUUGGCUUGAGUUACUUUUGUCUCUGGUUUCUUGAAAAUAAAGAGCCCUCACUCAAUUUAAAAGCUUGGAAUCUAAAUAGGAUUGGUUUAAUAGUUACGACUGCUUUUAUUUUAUUUUUCACGUUAAAGAAAUUCUCUACGUAUAUAUACAUAUACACAUAUAUGUUCUUUGAACUAUACAUUAAGGUAUAUUUAUGUAGCAGAAUGCAACUUAUUGCAUAUAUCUGUACUCAUAUUUUGCGUUAUAUGUUCUGAAGCCAAAAUGUAAGGCUGAAUGUGUGAGAGAAUGAAGUUUUAACACAGUUAUUUACAAGUAUUCCAUUCUUCAUUCGUAGCUUUUGAUGUGGUAUUAGUACAGUAUACGAAUAAUGGUGUGCCUACACUUAGCACUCAACAUGAGAGGUUUUUGCAAAGAAAAACACAAAUGAUGAGAGUUUAAGAUCUUAAAAUAUCUGGUAUGUAUUCAGAAAUAUAAUUUAUAAUCAGUUUUAGAACUGGACUGUCUAUGCACUGAUAACUUACAAAAUUGUUGUAACGUUUCCAAAUACUAUUUCCCACCUCCUAAUUUGCCCCCAUUAUGGAGUUUAGAAAACAGGAAGCAUCUUGUUAUCUAUCACAUUUCAUCU